AACAAAGAAAAAUGCAGCGUCUUCGCCUUCCCCUCAACAUCAUUCAACGUCCGCGCACUCAACUUUUCCCCCUCACAACACUUUUCGCAUCGCAACAGACCCCUUCUUUUCCUCUUUUCCUGAUGGACGGUGGUUCAAGACGCCGCGGCGGUCGCGGCGGCAAUCGUCGAGGUUUCAGCUCUCGUGGCGGCGGUCGCCCAAACCAGCCUCGCAAUCAGCCUCGCAACCCAAAGCCUGAGAAUGAUUCGCCUGAUGUAGAGAUGGCUUCACCUUCGCCUGCGCCUGCGCCUGCACCGCUGACUGAAACUCCUACCUCGCGCCGUUUCGACAGUCUGUUGGAGAACAACAAGGUCAACCCUCUCAUCGUGCGCACCAUCACAAACGACAUGAAGUUUGAGUUCAUGACGCCCGUUCAAGCUGCGACCAUGGAUGAGCUGCUUCCCCCGAACCGCAGCGACUGUCUCGUCCAAGCGCGCACCGGUACUGGAAAGACAAUGGCCUUUUUGAUUCCUGCGCUGCAGACUAUGAUUAACCAGAACAGAGCUGCCGGUGAUGGCAUUUCACUGCUUGUUAUCUCACCGACUCGUGAGCUUGCGCUUCAGAUCUCUGCGGAGGCGAAGAGGGUUCUUCAAGGACUCCCUAAGUAUCGCGUUCAGGUUGCUAUUGGAGGAACGAACAAAGAUCGUGAGGAGAGGGCGAUUCUUGGUGGUUGUGAGAUUCUCAUCGCUACGCCUGGUCGACUUCUGGAUCACAUGUCCAACGAGGAUAUCGUGUACAGCAUGCGUAAGCUCAACACUCUUGUCCUCGACGAGGCCGACCGUCUUCUCGACAUGGGCUUCAUGAAAGAUCUUCGUGAGAUUGUCAACCGUCUUCCCGAUAAGACCAAGACCGACCGACAAGGCAUGCUUUUCUCCGCCACCAUCGCUCCUCACGUUGAGCAAGUCGCUGGCCUCGUCCUCUCACCGGGCUACAAGUUCAUCUCAACCAUUCCCGCCGGUGAAGCCAACACUCACGAGCGCGUUCCCCAAUUCCUCGUCCAGGUUCCUACCUUUGCCGACGUUGCGCCCGCCAUGGUUGGCUGUAUUCGGGAGGAAGCUACACGCGGCCAGGCCUUCAAGGCGAUUCUGUUCGCGCCUACUGCUGCCAUCGCUGAUUUCUACGGGCGCCUUUUGGAGGAUCUUCCAGGCCUUCCCCCCGUUUCGAUCCUCCACAGUCGCAUGAGUCAGAACAAGCGUACAAAAAUCACCAACGACUACCGAACUGCUCGCAGCGCCAUUCUCGUGGCUACCGAUGUCGUCGCUCGCGGAAUGGAUUUCCCCGGUGUCACCACCGUCAUCCAAGUCGGUAUGCCCGCCGACAAGCAGAGCUACAUCCACCGUCUCGGCCGAACAGCACGAGCCGACGCUGAAGGACGCGGAAUUUUGAUCGUUUGCGACGCAGAGGAUUUCUUCCCCAAGUACUCCCUUAAGGAAAUCAACCUCAUCCGCCGCGAAGCCGAUCUUUCUCCUACCCAAGACGUCAUCGAAGUCGCCGAGAAGAUGGAGGACGAUGAUAAAUCUCGCAUUUAUCAGGCUUGGCUGGGAUACUACAACAGUCACCUGAAGGCUCUCCGAUGGGACAAGGAGGCACUCGUUCGAAUAGCCAAUGAAUACGCGCGCAAGGGUCUGGGAUCACCUGAUGUGCCUACUAUUCAGAAGAGUACCGCUGGCAAGAUGGGUUUGAGAGGUGUGCGGGGGUUGAACACGGUUGCUGAUCGACCUCGUCAGAAACAUGGUGCUCCCGGUGGACAUGCUGAUAAUGGACGCGGAAAGCGAGGACGCAACUAGGGUUAUGAAAAAAAUGGCUGGUUAGGUUGGAGUUGGGGAUAUUACGACAUUACAGAGAUAAGUGUAUUUGUUUAGAUAUGAUGAGUGCGGCAUAGACUUUUUAGACUGGACAUGAGAUGUUCGUGAUAAUCAAGACUCUGUUUACGGUAAUUUGCCUUGCUAACAGAUGGGAUGUCAACUUAUUCCAGCUUAUAAUCUCUGGCUUACUGGUCGGCUUUGUUAAUUUUAAACGAG